CUGUUGUUGAAUCAUCACAGAAACUUUGGUUGAGAGAUGAUGUUUGUAAGUGGAAUGUGUAUGGUGAGAUAUAUGAGGAGUUGAAGACACGUUCUUCAGAUGUUUCUGGAUGACAAGUGUGAAAUAACGUCAGUUUCAAACUCUCCAUCAAAUUGAUACUCACAUCUCGUGAUCGUUUCACUCAAAUGGCAUCAAUUGCAUGAAUGACAUCAAUAAUAAACCUCGCCAUCACUACUAACCAUCAGGAUAAAUAUCAUUGAUAGAAAGGUUGUGAAUUAUCCCAUUGUUUAUAAUCUUGUCUGGAUUUUGAUGAAUCUCCGAAGGAAAGAACCUCGAAUCCUAGUUUCCAUUGCUGCUCACAACUAUAUCCAUUCCAUAAAACAUUUGGACAUAUACCGUUCACUUGGAUAUCAGAUUGACGAAAUCAUAUUUUGUGCGUUUGAUUACUGAACUAUGUAUGAAAUAGAUGUUAGAUAUGAUGCUCAUUAAAUUAUGAAAAUCAACACAUGAAUUUGUAUCAACUCAUGUUUCAGGUGAGGACGUUUCUCAAAUAUGGGCAUCGUACAAUUUUUAGACCAAUGGUCUUUUCAAAAUGUCACACUUCGAAAUGUGCAGUUAUCACUGACAUGAACAGAUGGCGAGAAGCUGAUGCACUUAUACUGACAGAAGAUAAAGUGCCGAAUGGAAUUCGACCUCCAGAGCAAUUAUGGUUUAGUUUAAUAGAAGAGUCGCCUGUACAUAUUGCUAUGGCAGGUACACUGGAAAAUGAAAUUAAUUACACUAUCUCCUUCCGUCUGGAUUCAACGAUUUACUCACCAUACGGUUCCUAUGAGCCAUACAUGAAGCACCAUGGACCAGAAACACGAUAUCCUUUACCUUCUAGAAACUUCGCUACUGGGAAAUCAAAAAAAGUUGCAUGGUUUGUGAGUAACUGUAUACCGAAAAGUCCAAGAAUGCAAUACGCCAAAGAACUUUCACGAUAUAUCCCGCUUGAUAUUUAUGGUCAGUGUGGCACGUUAUCCUGUCCAAAGUAUAUUCCAACAGAUACCUCAUCAGUUAGUUGCUUGAAAAUGAUUCGCGAAAACUACAAGUUUUAUUUGAGCCUCGAAAAUAGUUUGUGCAGUGAAUACAUAACAGAGAAGUUGUAUAAAAAUGCAUUGAAAAACGAUCUACUUCCAAUUGUGAUGGGUGCAUCGAUAGAGGAAUAUGAAAGAGUCGCUCCUCCAUACUCGUUCAUUCACGUUGAUCAAUUCGAAUCACCAGGUAAACUGGCAGACUAUUUGAAGUAUUUGGACAAGAACGAUACUGCAUAUAAUGAAUAUUUUGCAUGGCAUGGUCAUGGAAUCAUACAUGAUUACGAUGCCCAACCUCAAUGUGCAAUGUGUCUGCUAGCUCAUACAUCUCAUUCAUUUGGUCCAUAUUGGGUUCCUCGUGUGGCACGAUGGUGGAAUGAUGGAUGUAAUGGUCGGAAAUUGCGUUGGAAUCCAUGAAAUAUGAAUAUUGAGAACAGAAACAUUGUUUUAUUGUAGAUUGUAUUGAAUUGUAAUGUAUAUAGUGCUUUCUGUGGCAUAGAUCAAAUUACAUUUGAAAAUGGACAAUAUUUUACACAUAAUAACAAUUCUGAUAUUUUUCAUGAAAACAAUUUCAUAUGGAAUGAUUAUGGAGCAACAUAAUGCUGUUCACUAUUCACAAAUGAUUGUAAUAUGAUGAUGAGAAAGGUAUAAAUGUUCAUAAUAGAGAAGUAUUGAUAAGGAAAAUAACGAAAAUUGGAUUUGAGGGAGGGAAAGUAUUAUCUUUUCAUAUUAACUUUCCAUCCUAAACUUCGACCAAUUUUAAUAUCAAUACCAUGGGAUUUAAUAAUUAACACCGUCUAAAUUGUAGUUUCAACUGAUUCACGUGAAUAUAAAUGAGUUAAUAAUUGGACAAAUGUAAAUAUUAGUCAGUUGGUUAAUGGCAAAACACAGUCGUGUAAAUGAAUGGACAAUAAUAUCAAAGGGUUUAUUGAUUAGACAUGUAUAGUUUCACAAUUGAUUGAUCACUGUGUGGUGAUCAAUAUCAUGUGUGUCAGGUACUUCUUAGUGCAGAUCGAAUGAUAUCGACCAAAUUACAAUGUGGCCACCAGUCUAGGUGACUCAACAUUGCGUGCACUAUGUUGAGAUAAGAUGGUCAGAUUGAAGAAUCUGUGCGAACCUCUUAUAGAUGUAAAUGUGAUCAUUUAAAUGAAUGAUAUAGAAACGGACGAGCCAAUCAGAAGCGUUUGAGCAAUUUCAAGGUCACGGAGCCAAGUUCAACACGCGAUGCUAACAUACAAUCGGUUCACAGCGGAUUUUAGAGAGGAGGUGAUUAAUGAGAGAUUACUGCAGAUGGGACGGCGAGACUCUAAUUUAGCGACGAGCCAAUCAGAAGCGUUUGAGCAAUUUCAAUUAUUGGCCAAUCAGAAGACAGUAUAAAGUAAAAAUAUAUUACAAGGAAGUAAUGAAUUACAGUGGAUAUUCCUCUUUUAUAUGAUUUGAAAACG